CCAGUGGAGCAGACAGAGUGCUCAGUGCAGGGUCGAGAUGUGACUGGAAACUUAGGACUAUUGACAAAAUAACAUAAAACGCCUCAUAUUCCCUCUUAAACCUAAAAGUAUGCCCCAAGGGUUUUUAGAUUUAUUUCCGUUUAUUGAAGAAAGGUAUCACACACUAUUCUGACUCUUAUUUUUUUUUAAAGAUGUGUGAGGCAGUUUAGUUAGCAAGCUAACUGAGGCGGGCAGGACAACAAUAUAUUUAUUUUUUUCAGUUUUGACCGGUUUUCACUGACACCAAGUCCAUGCAGAACGUGUCAUCACCAACACAAUGCCCGUGUUACUUUUUCUGAUAGACACGUCCGCGUCAAUGAACCAGCGCACCCACCUGGGCACUACCUAUCUGGACAUAGCGAAAGGCGCUGUUGAGACUUUCAUGAAGCUCAGAGGCAGAGAUCCUGCUAGCCGAGGGGACAGGUAUAUGUUGAUAAAUCUUGAAGAUGUUCCCCUCGGAAUAAAGGCUGGAUGGAAAGAGAGCCAUGCCACAUUCAUGAUGGAGCUGAGGAACCUUCAAGCAGCAGGACUCACAACUAUUGGCCAGUCUUUGAGGACCGCUUUUGAUUUGCUCAAUCUCAAUAGAUUAGUGUCUGGGAUAGACAACUAUGGACAGGGCAGGAAUCCCUUCUUCCUUGAGCCGUCCAUUGUAGUGGCCAUCACCGACGGCAACAAGCUGACCAGUAGCGGUGGAGUCCAGGAUGAGCUCCACCUUCCCCUGACCACUCCUCUGCCGGGCAGUGAGCUGACCAAGGAGCCGUUCCGCUGGGACCAGCGUCUGUUCUCCCUGGUGCUGAGGAUCCCUGGACACGCCACUGUAGAGCCUGAACCACUAGGGGGGGUCCCCCCCGACGACUCGGCCAUCACCCCCAUGUGUGAGGUCACAGGAGGCCGCUCCUACAGUGUGUUCUCUCAGCGCAUGUUGAACCAGUGUCUGGAAUCUCUGCUGCAGAAGAUCCAGAGUGGAGUCGUCAUCAGCUUUGAGAAGACAGGCCCUGACCCCUCUUCUGGAGAGGAUGAGAUCCUGAAGUCCGGCCCCCAGUCCUGGCACUGCUGCCGCAAGCUGAUCUACGUACGACCCAACCCCAAGACUGGUGUGCCCAUCGGACACUGGCCCAUUCCUGAAGCCUUCUGGCCCGACACUAACUCCCCCACCCUGCCCCCCCGCUCGGUACACCCCCACGUGCGCUUCUCCUGCCUGGAUGCUGAGCCCAUGGUGAUAGACAAGGUUCCCUUUGACAAGUACGAGCUGGAGCCUUCGCCCCUCACACAAUACAUCCUGGAGAGGAAGGCCCCUCACACCUGCUGGCAGGUAUUUGUAAGUAACAGUGCCAAGUACAGUGACCUGGGCCAGCCCUUUGGCUACCUGAAGGCCAGCACAGCUCUCAACUGUGUCAACCUGUUUGUCAUGCCCUACAACUACCCUGUUGUACUGCCUCUACUGGAUGAUUUGAUCCGGGUGCACAAGUUCAAGCCCUCCAUGAAAUGGCGUCAGUCGUUUGAGAACUACCUGAAGACCAUGCCUCCCUACUACAUUGGGUCCCUCCGGAAGGCCCUAAGGAUCAUGGGAGCUCCCAACCUCCUGGCCGAUAACAUAGAGUAUGGUCUGAGUUACAGUGUAGUGUCCUACCUUAAGAAGCUCAGCCAGCAGACCAAGAUCGAAUACGAGCGGCUGAUAGCGUCUGUUGCUAAGAAGGUGGUAGCGGAGGGUGGCAUCACGGUGCGUGCCCGCGGUGGGGACAUCUCCCUGGCCCAGCGCAGAGACUUCACCCAGCUUCUGGCCAGCAUCACAGGAGAGACGCCCGCCCUUCCCCUCGACCUCAACCCUAAAGACUUCUCUGGCUUUCAGCUGGCGCCGCUCAACAAGAGUCUGAAACCUCAGGGUUUCCGGAAUGCCUAUGACAUUCCCAGAAUGCACCUGCUGGAUCAGCUGAGCCGCAUGAGGAGGAACCUGCUCGGCACCAGCUGUCUGCUCCGUGGACAGGACCCAGACCAGCUCCACAGUGUCCCCAUCGCCCAGAUGGGGAACUACCAGGACUUCCUAAAGGCCCUUCCCCAACCCCUCAGAGACGCAGACCCUGAGCAACCCAAACGCCUGCACACCUUCGGAAACCCCUUCAAACUGGACAAGAAGGGGAUGAUGAUUGACGAGGCGGAUGAGUUUGUGACGGGUCCCCAGAACAAGGGCAAGCGCCCGGGGGGUGACUCCAACCUGCACGGGGUCGGGGUCGGGGGUCCUAAGAGACGGAGGUGCAUGUCCCCCCUACUGCGCCCCGGCAGGACCUAUACACCCCCCGUCAGCCCUGCAGCCAGCCCCUCCAGAACCCCACUCACUGAGAGGGAGAACAGUGGGAACCUCUACAGCCCAGAGGUGAGAGAGACCGGGACAGGACCGAGACCAGGAGAGAUCCUCUCUGGACCCCCUCUAGGCGGCCCCGGACCAGGGAACCACACGGGGAACCUCUACAGCCCAGAGGUGAGAGAGACCGGGACAGGACCGAGACCAGGAGAGAUCCUCUCUGGACCCCCUCUAGGCGGCCCCGGACCAGGGAACCACACGGGGAACCUCUACAGCCCAGAGGUGAGAGAGACCGGGACAGCAGCCCAGCCGAGACAGGGAGAGAUCCUCUCUGGACCCCCUCUAGACGGCCCCGGACCAGGGAACCACACGGAGGAUGAUGGUGAUGGGGACACGGAGGAGGAGAGCAGGCAUCCCUGGGAGGCGGAGCUCUCGGAGGGCAGUGAGGACGAAGGAGAGACGAGGGGUGUGGAGGAGGAGCGUCUGCCCCGGUACCCCUCCCCCGGGGAGCUGAAGAAGGUGAUGAACAGCGAGAUUCUGGAGGUCAACACCGUGCUACGGAACCUCAUCAACAAGGAGAUACGGAAACCAGGGAGACACUAUGAAAAAAUCUUCCUUUUCCUGAAGCAGAUCCAAGGAAGCUUUGACACACGGUUGAUAUUCCUCCGGAACAUUAUAAAAGAGGCCACAAGGUUCAAGAAGCGGGUGUUGAUAGAACAGCUGGAGAACUUUCUAGAAGAGAUCCACAACAGGGCCAAAAAUAUGAACCACCAGGACGGGUUCUAACGGACAUCUGUGCCCUUCUCACCCCUUUUAACCCUCACCAUUCACCCCCUCAACCUUGACCCCUUCACUCACCCUUCACCCCUCACCCCUCAGCCUGCACUUUUCACCCAGGCAGAAAGAGUCCAACAGAGAGAGAGAGAAGAGGGAUAUAAUGUGUACUAACUAACCCGAGGAAUGAGAAGACAGUGCUGUUGGCCUGUCUGCCUCUGUGUCAGUGUGAUGUCUUGUCUCAUCAGUGAUGGUGUGGUGAACUGAUAUCGCUAAGGGAGUGGGUCCCAUUGUACAAAGUUCCCAACAACUUCAGGGCCGAAGGAGGAACGGAUGUUUUUGGUCUCAUUUGAAUCUUUUAAAUGUCUUCUUUCCUUUCUCUCUCUUUCUAUUCAUCCCUCUCUCUCUCUCUCUCUCUCUCUCUCUCUCUCUCUCUCUCU